AAAGUACAUUUAGGAAACUGGCCAACAAGUAGCCAGCUGGACUUCAACAAAUACAACCUUUCAGAAAAGAUGGAGCAGGCUAGCUUCCUUCAAGUUGUGGGCAGGCAGUCGAAGAUUUUGGCAGAGUCCUUUGAAGAGCAGGCAAAAAAGACAGAUGUUUCUCAUGUUGCACUGGACCUACAGAACUCAUACCAUACUUUAAAUGAGCCACAGCAUGUCCCAGUUGUCUGCUCAAGUCAGAUUGCUGGUCAUUCCUUUCCUGUUUCAAGGAGAAACAGUGCUGAUGCAUGUAUUGUUUCCCAGACAGCAAUCCCUUGCUUUGCUUUCAAUGGUCCAUACUUGUACAGCCCAGUGAUGUCCUCCCAGCCUGAUAUGCGUCGCACCCUGGAAGUGGACCCAGUGGGAGUUCGUGAGAAAUCAGGUUCCCUUCAGUAUGUGACCCUCCCAAAGGAAGACUGUUCCCAGGCUCCACACAGGCGAGAACAGCCAGGAGCAGGUCCUCCACAGCCCUUCCCGCUCCCCCAUCAGAAGGAAAUGAUGCAGCACCUCAACAAUGAGAAACAAGUCUCACCAGCCCCACCAGCCUGGGGGGAAGGCACAAACAUGAGAACAGAAGAGCAGAAAUCUCCAAAGGCUCUUAGCUGUAUCGCAUCUCCUCAGCAGUGCCCCUUGGAGUACCUCACCCCAGAGAGCCUGUUACUGCCAUCAGCCAGCGACUCCAGCCCUCCGCCACCGGUCGCUGCUGGGGAGUUACCUUGUGAUUCACAGGAGCCCCAGCCCCACAGUGACCACUCUUGCCAUGAGCCUUCUCCUGGGAAAACUGGUGUCAUGGUCCCAGUUUCAGGUCAAGCACCAACCUCUUCUCCUGAAUUGUGUCUGGAUACAUUUGGAGACUAUCUUACUGUCCCUUUAGGUCUCCAUGAACAUUCAGAACCCGCAAAGAUUUCUUUGCCUGUCUUACAGAAGGGAAAUGAUCUUCCUAGAAAGCAGCCUUUGUCAGAGGGUGACUUGGUGGUGUUAAACCCUGACAGCACUGAGCCAGUUUUCCUUUGCCAGGUUGGUGACUAUUGCUUCCACAGCCUAAAAUCCAGUGUGAAGAUGGAUAUUAGUCAGGAAGACCACCAAGUCAAGAAACCUUCUGAAGGCAAGACAACACCUGGAAAGCCUGUAUCUGAUGAUGAAUCCAUCGCUGGCAAGGAAAAGGAUGUAUCAAAAAUGCAGGCUAUUCAGCUUUUCAAAAACCUGAAAUCAGAUGAUUACUUUUCCUGGCAGCAAUCUUUGAGGAUCACAGAAAUCUGUUAA